AUGCGCCUCUCCCGCCCCUCCCCGACGCUCGCCCUCCUCCUCCUCCCGCUCGUCGCCCUCGCAGCCCCCUUCCCCUCCGCCCUCGUCCCCCUCCUCGGCUGGUCCUCCCCCUCCCCGUUCCUCGGACUCGACGACGGCUUCUCCAAACCCAUCGGCACGAUCGCCUUCCUCCCUGGAUUUCACGCUUGCGGGACUCUGCAGAUCAUCAGUGUCGAAGGACUGGAGUUUAGCGAUUUCGAGUUGAUGCCGAGAGGGAAUGGGAGUGUGAUGGAGCGGUUUGAGGAGGGCAAGACGAGUGUGAGGGAGGAGGACGCGGUGGAGGGGACGGUGGCGGCUUGGGCGAGAGGGUGGAGGCAGACGUGUGGGAAGGGCGAGGCGAAUAAGGAGGUCAGGGUCGCAAAGGUGCUUGUGGAUGGAGUUGACGACGGUGCAGAGCGGAGCGAGUGGGCCAAGGCGCUGGACGCCCACCUACUCCCUUACCUCACCUCCCUCCCCGCAGCACCGCACAACUCCGUCACCCUGCUCACCUCUCUCUCGCCCUCCACCCUCCUCUCCCUCUUCGACCUCGCCUCACCCCCUCCUUCCUCUCCCUCUCCCUCCAACCCUCCCACAAUCCCCUCGCGACCUGAACACACCCACGGACUGAUCCACCGCCUCCUCGCGUCGCUCUUCUCCCUCGCACUCAAAGCACUCCUCCUCAUCGCGCUGUUCGUACUCGGUAAACGACUCUGGGCGCGCUAUCAGACUUGGAAGGCAGCGCGGGAGGGUGCGGAGGGGGCUGGGAGGGUAAGGUUGGGAGACGAUGAGGUUCAUGUGGAUUUGGGGAGUGACGAAGAGGAGGAGGAGGGGGAGGGGGAUGCGCCUUGGAGGAUUGGGGGGCGAGCGGAUGGGCGAUAG